AUGGCUGGAAUACGUUCAGAUGUUAUGCUAAGAAUACCGGGAACGAGUAUGCGAUCACGUUAUCCAGAAAUAUCGGUGGGUUGUGCAGCGGUAGAUUCAUUAAUAGGUGGCGGUAUACCACUUUCUUCACUUUAUAUCAUCGAUGAGAAUAAAAGUCGAGGCUAUGCAACUAUCCUUAGCAAAUAUUUUAGUGCUGAAGGUAUAUUUUGCGAUCAUUCACUGUUUGUUGCAAGCACAAAUCGUAAUCCACGAGAACUAUUAGAAAAUUUACCGGAUCGAAUAAAUGUUAUGGAUGAAAUUACUUUGAAGGAUGAUGUAGAGAGACCCGAAAAUUCAACAAUGAAAAUUGCAUGGCGUUAUUCAACUGUUCCAAAAUUGGAUUCUUCACUAUCUUGUCCUCGUCGUGGGCAUUCGCAAUAUGAUUUAGCGAAAAAAAUGGAUCGCAAAAAAAUAGAAGCAUGCAACAUUUCGUUCUUUCCUGAUAAUACGGAAUCACAACAUGAAUUAUCUAGUUAUAAUGAUCUUUAUAAGCAAAUACAGCAAAAACUUAUAGGUGUUGAGUAUUCGGCUACUUCUUUGAAGUCCAACAAACGUGUCUUGCGUAUAGUCAUAGAAGGUGUUGGUAGUCCUUUUUGGCUAGAUCCUGAAAAUGAUUUAAAGUUUAUUGCUCAUUUGCGUACUGUGUUAUGCUCCUAUUAUGCUGUUGCGAUGUUAAUUAUUAACACGAGUGGGUUACCGGAUGAACGAAAAGAAAGACUUUAUGCGUAUGGUGACUUAGUGGUUCAUUUGGAUGCUGUAGAUGAUGACGAUAUCAUGGAGAAGUUUGGUGACCGUUUCGAUGGCUAUUUUCGUUUGUUGAAGCUUCCAAACAUGGCAUCAAUUGCAACGCACUGUCCAGCGAGUAGUGAUCUUAUUUUUCAACUCCAGAAGCGAAAAUUUGAUAUUAGAAUUUUACAUUUGCCACCAGCACUUGAUGAUGAUGAUAGAAAGAGAAAUUUUGGCCCAAACUGUCAGGAAAUAUUAAAAUCUUUUUGA